AUGAGAGAGACCUUUGAGGCCCUCAGCUCUCUGGGAUUCUCUGUGGGACAGCCGGAGAUGGCCCCCCAGAGUGAGCCUGGGGAAGGGUCCCAUAAUAACCAGGAACAGAUGUCCCCUUCCAGGGAAGACAGCAUGCUGGGCACAUGCUCUGGGCACGAGGCUCCCAGACCAGUGGAAGGUGCCCACACUGAAGAAGCUCAAGCCCCCUGCAGAGGAGGCCAGGUGUGCACGCCACAGAAGGCCGAGCCCAUGGGCUCCUGCCCAGGCGAUGAGUGGAUGAUACGGAAGGUGAAGGUGGAGGAGGAGGAUCAGGAGGCAGAAGAGGAAGGCGAAUGGCCCCAGCAUCUACCAUUACUCCCCGGCCCUUUUCCCGCGCCGGACCUGGGGCCUCUGGCCGCCGCGUACAAGCUGGAGCCCGGGGCCCAGGGGGCACUGGACGGACUCGCGCUGGCCGGGUGGGCCCCGAGCUCGGAGAAGCCCUAUGGCUGCGGGGAGUGCGAGCGGCGGUUCCGGGACCAGCUGACUUUGCGGCUGCACCAGAGGCUGCAUCGCGGCGAGGGCCCCUGCGCCUGCCCGGACUGCGGCCGCAGCUUCGCGCAGCGCGCGCACAUGCUGCUGCACCUGCGCAGCCACCUGGGCGAGCGGCCUUUCCCCUGCUCCGAGUGUGACAAGCGCUUCAGCAAGAAGGCGCACCUGACCCGCCACCUGCGCACGCACACCGGCGAGCGGCCCUACCCGUGCGCGGAGUGCGGCAAGCGCUUCAGCCAGAAGAUACACCUGGGCUCGCACCAGAAGACGCACACCGGCGAGCGGCCCUUCCCCUGCACCGAGUGCGAGAAGCGCUUUCGCAAAAAGACACACCUGAUCCGCCACCAGCGCAUCCACACCGGCGAGAGGCCCUACCAGUGCGCGCAGUGCUCACGCAGCUUCACGCACAAGCAGCACUUGGUGCGGCACCAAAGGGUGCACGAGGCGGCCGGCCGCGCCCCAUCCUCUCCCGACGCGCCCGCUUCGCCGGGUUCCCCCGCCCCGUCCCCCACCCCGUCCCCUCCCGGGCCCAAGCCUUUCUCCUGCUCCGACUGCGGCCUGAGCUUCGGCUGGAAGAAGAACCUCGCCACGCACCAGCGUCUGCACCGCGGCGAGGGGCGCCCCUUUGGGUGCGACGAGUGCGCGCUGGGCACCACGGUGGACCCCGCCGCUGCCGAGCCCUUGGCCUGCGCGCCGGGAGACACCCCGGCGACCCAGGGCGCUCCCGCCGGCGAGCGGUCCUCCUGCGCGGACUGCGGGCGCGGCUUAGCCCACGGGCAGCACCUGGCGCGGCACCGGCGGGUGCACCCGGGCGAGCGGCCCUUCGCCUGCGCGCAGUGUGGCCGCCGUUUCGGCUCGAGGCCCAAUCUGGUCGCCCACUCCAGAGCCCACAGCGGCGCCAGGCCUUUCGCCUGUGCGCAGUGCGGCCGCCGCUUCAGCCGCAAGUCGCACCUGGGCCGCCACCAGGCGGUGCACACGGGCAGUCGGCCCCACGCCUGCGCCGUCUGCGCCCGCAGCUUCAGCUCCAAAACCAAUCUGGUGCGCCACCAGGCCAUCCACACCGGCUCCCGCCCCUUCUCCUGCCCGCAGUGCGGCAAGAGCUUCAGCCGCAAGACCCACCUGGUGCGGCACCAGCGCAUCCACGGCGAAGCCGCCCACCCUGCCCCCGACGCCGACCUCCCGGCCCCAGCCUGGCCCACUCCCACAGAGGUGGCAGCGCCCCCCCUCUUCUUCUGA